AUGUCCUCACACAAGACCAGCAGAGACAAACACCGACAAGAGAGAAAAAAAGAUGAUCCCACCGUUCGUCUUUCGAAAACAUUGUCCUAUAUAUUGAGACAUGGGGCUGCGAAAGAAGGUUUACAGUUGAGAUCAGAUGGAUAUGUUAAAGUUGAUGAAUUGUUAAAGUUACCUAAAUUGCGCGGAAAAACUUUUGCCGAUAUAGAAACAGUAGUACAGAAUAACGAUAAACAACGAUUCAAACUUUUGGAAGAAGAGAGUUCUACGGGGGAUGGAAAAUCUGAAUGGUAUAUUCGUGCGAAUCAAGGACAUACUGUAAAGGUCGAACAAUUGGAAUUGGAAAAAAUCACGGAUCCCGCAUUAUUCCCUCAAGUUAUACAUGGAACUUUUUUAAAUAAAUGGAAAAGUAUAAACUCAACAGGACUUAAAAAGAUGACUAGAAAUCAUAUACAUUUUGCCGUCGGUCGAUGGGGUGUUCGAGUAACCUGUGAUUUAUUUAUAUACGUGGAUAUUGAAAAAGCGAUGACUGACGGAAUAGAGUUCUUCCAAUCGGAAAACGGAGUGAUACUAUCCACGGGAAUAGACGGUACAUUACCAAUUCAGUAUUUUAAAAAAGUAGAAGAUCUAUCUGGAACUAUCUUGUAUUUAAAUUCAGAUCGAGAGUCUUCGUCUUUCGGUUGA